CUUUCACUGACACGGCCUGUGUGCCCAGCAUCCAGAAUGAUGCAGGGAGUUCUGUGAAUGCCACCUCCCGAUGGGCCUCCUCCAGGAAGUCUUCCUCUACUGACCAGGACGAAAGGGUGCGAUUCAUGUCCCUCCCAGGUGAUGUCGAGAUGCAGAAGUCCCCAGGACUUCCAGCUGUGCUCUCCUCUGCGCUAAUUUCCAUGGCACCUCACGUCCACUGUGGCUCAGCUCUCUGUGGGGUCAGGGGAGUUUUGGAGAAGUGUGGCCGUGGCGUUGGAACGAGACCACCAUGCCCGGAGCGUGUGCCCACCCCCUCCAUCCUUCCCCUCAGGACCGCAGACGGCAGGAGGACCUGGGUGAAAGAGCUCGUCCUGGACAACUGCCGGUCAAUCGAAGGCAAAAUCGAGGGCCUCACAGAUGAAUUUGAAGAACUGGAGUUCUUAAGUACAAUCAACGUAGGCCUCACCUCAGUCGCAAACUUACCAAAGUUAAACAAACUUAAGAAGCUUGAACUAAGCGAUAACAGAAUCUCAGGGGGCCUGGAAGUAUUGGCAGAAAAGUGUCCGAACCUCACGCAUCUAAAUUUAAGUGGCAACAAAAUUAAAGACCUCAGCACAAUAGAGCCACUGAAAAAGUUAGAAAACCUCAAGAGCUUAGACCUUUUCAAUUGUGAGGUGACCAACCUGAACGACUACCGAGAAAACGUGUUCAAGCUCCUCCCACAGCUCACGUAUCUCGACGGCUACGACCGGGAUGACAAGGAGGCCCCCGACUCAGACGCCGAGGGCUAUGUGGAGGGGCUGGACGACGAUGAGGAGGACGAGGAUGAGGAAGAGUAUGAUGAAGAUGCUCAGGUAGUGGAAGACGAGGAGGAUGAAGAGGAGGAGGAGGAAGGAGAAGAGGAGGACGUGAGUGGAGAAGAAGAGGAGGAUGAAGAGGGUUAUAACGAUGGGGAAGUAGACGACGAGGAAGACGAAGAAGACGUUGGUGAAGAAGAAAGGGGUCAGAAGCGAAAACGAGAACCUGAAGAUGAGGGAGAAGACGAUGACUAAGUGGAAUAACCUAUUUUGAAAAAUUCCUAUUGUGAUUUGACUGUUUUUACCCAUACCCCCCCCCCCGAAAUCCCGCCCCCCGAAACUUAUUUUU